CUGCUCGCGAACGAGCGCCGCGCGCUGCGCAAGGCGCUGAGCUGGCUGCUGCUGUCCGCGCGCGACCCCCUCGCGCCGCCGCCGCGGUACAACCUUGCGGUGCAGCUGCCGCGCGUGCGGCGGGUGCGCGAGCGCCAGCUGGCGGGGACGCCUGAGUCAUGGAAGGGCGGGCUGCAGGGGGAGACGGACGAGGGCAGGGCGGCGGCUGCCGCGGCGGCGGGCGGGGCGGCGGCGGCGGCGGCGGGCUCGCCGGCAGGCGCCGCUGGGGGUGCCGAUGGGGCCGGCAGGGCGGCGGCCGGGCCUAAUGCCAGCACCUCCUCCGCGGCAAGUAGGGAGGAAGCGGCCGUGGGCGGCAGCGGCGGCGGUGGCGGCGGGCAUGAACCGGGGCCGACGAGCAAGGUGUUGCGCAGCGGCGUCGCAGGCGGCGGACAGGGCAUGGCAGCAGGGGCAGGCGCGCGGGCGACUGGCUCCCGGCAGUCGAAGCGGCAGAGGCGGGCCGAGCCGCCAGCAGCAGCGGGGGAGGCUGGUGCCGCAGCAGCGGCAGCAGCUGCGGGCUCGGCGGCAGCCGUUUCAGGGGCGGCGCCCACGACACCGGCGUCCGCGCUGGCUGAGUAG